UAUCCCCGGGACGCUCGCGGUAGCUUUCUGCCUGGUCUGCGACGACUCUGCGCAGCCAGGACCGCAGAGAGCUGGUAAGACCCGUGCCGCUCCCCGCCGCCGAGUCCUCGCCCUCAAGGCUGCACGACCCCACGGACGGCUGUCCACGAAGCGGCCCAGCUGUUGGACCCGCCGUCCCCACCCUCUGACCAGUGGCUGGGAAAGGUGGAUCUGGCUGGUGUUCUCAGCGCCCCGGAGUCGGGGCGGAGCGGGGCGGAGCGGGGCGGCGUGGGGCGGCGCGGGGCGGCGGCUCCCACGAUCCCAAGGCCGUGCACCUGCCGCCUCCCCCUCGCCUGCCCCACCUGAGGGCUUGGGAACAAAGGUGCUUUGUACAGUCUGCCACCGCACCGCCUCAUUAUUUCAGCUUCGGGAAUGGGGCCGCGCGAGCCCCCAGCCCAGAACGAAGGUGUGGGGCGGGAAGAGAUAGGCGCCAACCCUCAGGUGGGCACGAGCUCCCCGCGAAGGCUCUGGAAGGGGGGCGGGUGGGGGAGUCCCAGGAGGCGAUGUGUCCCUUCCCCUCGCGCUACCCCUGGACGGUCAAGGAAAGAUGGGCAGUACCCCCUAAGGUGGCCCCGGACGGGCUUCGUGGAUCCUCGCGCGUGCCCCACUUUUCCUCUUUCUGGCCAAAGGCGGCGUGCCCCUAUUAAAUCUUCCAAAUGUGUGAUGAGGCUCCCUACCCGGUACGAACGCAGACACGAAAGACGCGACCUCCCUAAAACGAACUCGCAGACGGUGCACGCGUGGCCCUGCCCGCCCCCUCGCGACGCGGGGCAGCCGGGGUGGGAGCGUGGAGAGCCUGGCGUGCGCCUCGGCGCACGGAGGGUUAACAGGAGUUGGCUCGGAGUAGGGAGGCGGGGGCGCGCCCCCAUUGGUGGAAAGUUACCCGGAGGCGUGGCCCGCGAGUCUCCGCACCCCACCCCCCGUUCCGCACCCCCCCACCUCCACUUUGUACCUUUCUCGCCGCGGCGGCGGAGCGGGCCGGUACCGGCCGGACCAGACCAGAGCGGACCCCAGGGGCGAUGCGGCUGCUGCCCCUGCUGCGGACUGUCCUCUGGGCCGCACUCCUCAGCUCCCCGCUGCGCGGGGGCUCCGGCCUCCGCCACGCUGUCUACUGGAACUCCAGUAACCCCAGGCUACUGGGAGGAGACGCCGUGGUCGAGCUGGACCUCAACGAUUACCUAGAUAUCUUCUGUCCACACUACGAGGGCCCAGGGCCCCCUGACGGCCCCGAGACGUUCGCUUUAUAUAUGGUGGACCGGCCAGGCUAUGAGGCCUGCCAGGCCCAGGGCCCAGGUGCCUUCAAGCGCUGGGAGUGUGCCCUCCCCUUUGCUCCCUUUGGACCUGUCCGGUUCUCCGAAAAAAUUCAACGCUUCACACCCUUCUCCCUUGGCUUUGAGUUCUUGCCUGGAGAAACCUACUACUACAUCUCGGUACCACCUCCGGAGAGUUCUGGCACGUGUCUGAGGCUCCAGGUGUCUGUCUGCUGCAAGGAGAGCAGGUCAGAAUCAGCCCAUCCUGUUGGAAGCCCUGGAGAGAGCGGCAGGUCAGGGUGGCAAGGGGGGGGUGCUCUCAGCCCCCUCUGUCUCUUGCUGCUCUUACUGCUCCCAAUUCUGCGUCUCCUGCGAGUUCUCUGAGCCAAGUGGACCCCUCUGCCACCCCCAGGAGCGAGAGCCCUCCCAAGACUCCCCGCAGGAGCUGCCCUCCCCCCCCACUGCCACUUGAGCUGGUAUGUCAACCAGCCAGAACAAUGGAAGAGUGGCAGGGGAGGGGGGGGUCAGAGGGUCUGAGGUGAGCCUUCCAGGGGCUGGCCCUUUAUUACAGGCUGAAGAGGAGCUGCAGGGCAACUGCACACAGCCCUGGGCAUGCUGGAGCCCAGGGUCAGAACAUAGGGUCUCUGUCAGCUGCUUUGAUGUUCUCAUUCUGCCCCCUAGAAUCGCUGGGGUUUAGUGGGAUUUAGCCCUUGAGUCUGUUGGGGCCAAGAUGGAAGACCUGGGCACAGGUGGAUUACCAGACCAGGGUAAAGAAGCAGCCCAGGCCUGCCCUCUGUGUCCAGUACCCUGUGGGCAGCAUUUCCCCUCCCCAAGGGGUCACUCACUUGUCUUCUAUGAAGACGGACUUGCCAUGAGGUUGAAUAUCAUGCCAGUUUGUAUUUUUAUAAGUGUCUGGACCAAACACUCAAUAAACCACCCAACUUUUUGUUGCUGUCCCCCA